AAAAAUUAACUCAGAAUAUUUUCGUACGUAAUAUUAUAUCUCAUACCCUAUAUAUAUCUUCAGAACUCCCCCCUGCAAUACAAUUUAAUAUCAUAACUUCAGUCUCCACAACCACACUAGUAUAGAAAUUCAGAGGUUAAAAUAGUACCAGUAGCUACAGCAUUUAUACGAUUGCUUUUGUCAAGUCCCAAAACUAUUCCAACUUCUAUUUCGUAUUUUUAAUGCGGAUUUCUGCAGUUAGAAGAUGUUCAUGAAUAAUAACAAUCAGCUAGAGGAUGUAUUCAGCGAACCUGCAUUCAAGUCAAUGACAAUUAGUUAUGGACAUGUCUCACCUGUUUCCCGACAUUCUGCUCUUCUGUACGACUCUUUGAAUGACGGGAAUGAAAUGGAUUCAUCCAUUAAAUUUAAUGCUAUGAAACAAAACGACAGCAGUAUUUUUAUGAAUUCACUGGAGUUAAAUAACAUCAAUAGCCUUAAGCAUAGUAAAACGAAAAGUAAAAUUACUAAUGACACUUCUGUAACUCAUCAGUUAUCAUCUAAAAAAAGUGAAAAUAACAAAAAAGGGAAUCACCUUGUUAGUUAUCUAAUAGACAUAGAAUCAGAUCAAAGUAGAAUAAUGGGAAGUAACAAAACUAUUUAUCAUGAUAAUGAAAAUAAAGACAGGUCAGUAUAUGAUGUCGCGAAUGAGUCUUCCAAUUGUCCAUCACCUUCUUCUGCCUCGUCCACUUCUGAAAUACAUAAACAAGAAGUUAAAAAUUCAUAUGGCCAUUCAUCAGGACAGAAUUUUCAAAAACAGAUCUCAUUUAAAAUGAAGUCCAUUCAAGUAACCAAGAAAGGGCGGAAUACAGAGGGAAGAUGUCCCAUCAGGGAUUGUGAUGGUACUGGACAUGCUACAGGACUUUAUUCAUAUCACAGAAGUGUAUCUGGAUGCCCAAGGAAGGAUAGAGCCAGUGUAGCUGAACUUGCACUUUACCAUCAAACUUUGCAUUGCCCAACUCCAGGAUGUACGGGUAGAGGACAUGUGAAUAAUAAUCGUUCAUCUCACCGAAGUUUUUCUGGAUGUCCUCUUGCAAGUCGAAAUAGAAACCGGCAAUCAAAACGUCCUGUGUCACCACAAAAGAUUGAAUCACGCCAUAAAUCUUCAAGUAAUUUGAUAUCUGGAAACGAAAUCGAUAUGUCUUAUCCCAAGAAGUACUGCCCACUAACAGGUCUAAGUAGUAAACUAAGCUUAGAUAAUCCGUCUGUUCCAACGAUUGUAUCUCCUUUAUUACAGUCGCCUGCGUUGUUCAAUGGGUCCCAACAGUUCAACGGGAAACUUAUGUCAAACUUCGAUGUGAACUUUCCACUGCACAAUUUGAAUCGUACUGUUGCAACAGACUCAAAUAAUUUAACAAGUGAAUGUAAUGACACAAUUUCGAAAUCUAUUUAUGAUAUAUUACCCAAUUUUAUUAAUACAACACAUUUUUCAAAUUUGAUAAAUUGUCCAACACAAUCCAACAGCACCAAUAUUAAUAUUGAUAAAGGUGGCAGUUUGCUUAAUAACUCACAAAUUCUGUGUUCCAUGUUUAACUCGUCAGGGCUAAACAGGAGUCUAGAUGAGAAAAGCAGCGAUUUCAACACUAAGCAAUCUUUUAUAUUUUCAAAUUCUAUGCAGCUUAAAGAUAUGAGUUUCACAGGGUGUUUAGACGAUCCAGUUUUUAAUUUCACUAUGACACAACGUAGCGUUCUUCAAAAUGCUAACCCGAAUCAAACCCAAAAUCGAAUACUAUCAAAACCAGCAGAAACCUCCUGUAGUGUCAGUGGUAGUAGCAGUAUUAGCAACAGCAGUGGCAGUAGCAAUAGUGACACAAUGUUUCCUAAGUCAAUCAUAACAGCACAAAUUAAUUGCGUAUCAGAAAAUUCUCCAAUAGAUAAACAGAACUUAUUUAUCAAUCAGUAUUUACCCUCACAAGUCAUCCAUUUAUGCUCUGAUUUAACUAAAAAUUAUUCAACGCCAAACAUGCUGCAUACCGAAACUAAAUUUGAAUGUCCGAUUGACUUAUCUUUACAUUCCAGAAAUCAGAUGGAUGAAACAUGUAAAAGUUCCUUCAAUUUAGACAAAGUACCAACAGUAAAUAUAACAAAUCGGUCAUUUGAAAUUGGCAGUCUUUGUCCUGAACUUCAUGACUCCAAACGACAGCAUUCAGAGGAUUUAUCUGUAAGUACAACACUAAUGAAUAAUGAUGGUGUUAAUAUUGAUUCUCUUCAUUCAUCUAAAACAUAUGACCACAUUAAUUUAAUCAAUUCAAAGUAUCCAAUGAAUGUUCAACCAUCACGAAAUUCUAACCUCAGUCUUAACGAGAACAUGAUAGGAACCAGCAUGAUUUCGAGCAUAAAACAACUUCGAGAAGAUGAAAACUUUUUGGCAAGUAUGGGUUGCUUAAACUUACUGCAGAGUAAAUCGAAUUUCGAAACAGCCAAUAUUCUCUUUGCAUUCAACUAGAUAUUUUACCACAAGAGAUAGUGAAUGAAACAAGCACUUGAAAUGAAUAAAAUGAAGUGGAGCUUAUCCUAUCAAUAAUGCAUUUAUCAAAACUCCCCAGGGCUAAACAUCGGUGUUCACUGGUGAAUAAAUCAAUUUCUGAUUUGUUGUACCUGCAUUAACAUUGGACUUUCAUAAUUAUUUUAUUCAUUUUCCUCAUUUGACUUAUAAGAUUAUUCAGUAGUAGACUGUUUAUAAAUAAAAAUAUUUCAAAGUGACAUCUGUAUUGAGUUUAAACAAAUUUUGAACUUUUUUGUUAUAAUAUUGUACAGCCACUUUUGUUGUUUAUCUUAUUCAAAUUAAUUUAGUUAAUACAAAUGGAUUUCGC